CGCUGAUCUAUCCGGGUACUUGGUUCACUGCUUCCUUUCGCGCCGGGUAACCGGAGAGCUGUGCGUCCAUGUGCGCAGUGGCUGGGAAUUGAAAGACCUCUGAAAUACAAAAAUCCGAGCCGUAAACAGAGCUUUCGAAAUGGAUGCGUUGAUUGAGGCCCUUCGGGGAACAAUGGACCCGAAUCUGCGGGAGGCCGCAGAGCGACAGCUGAAUGAGGCUUACACACAUGUAACCUUCAUGUCCACUCUGCUGCAAAUCACCAUGUCCAAUGACCUCGAUUUGCCCGUCAGACAAGCAGGAGUGAUUUACCUUAAGAACAAGAUAAUCCAGCACUGGAGUGAUGGGGACGGUUCAGGCACAGAGACGCUUGUUAAUAACAUCCCAGAGGCAGACAGGCAGUUCAUUCGAGACAACAUAGUGGAGGCGAUCAUCCAGUCCCCCGACCGCAUCAGGGUCCAGCUGACAACGUGCAUCCACCACAUAAUCAAGCACGACUACCCCGCAAGGUGGACGGCCAUCGUGGACAAGAUAGCCUUCUACCUGCAGUCCGACAACAGCCUAGGAUGGCUGGGCAUCCUGCUCUGUCUCUACCAGCUCGUCAAAAACUACGAAUAUAAGAAACCAGAAGAGCGACAACCCGUCGUCUCUGCCAUGCACGUCUUCAUGCCCAUGCUGAAAGAUCGCUGCGUCCAGCUGCUCCACGACCACUCCAGCGAGUCGGUCCUCAUACAGAAACAGAUCUUCAAGAUCCUCUACGCUCUCUUCCAGUACAACCUCCCAUUGGAGCUCAUCAACAGACAGAAUCUCACAGAGUGGAUGGAGAUCCUGAAGAACGUAGUGGACAGAGAAGUGCCCCAGGAGACGAUGCAGGUGGAUGAAGACGAGAGGCCCGAGCUGCCGUGGUGGAAGUGUAAGAAGUGGGCUCUUCACAUCCUGGCUCGGCUGUUCGAGAGGUAUGGAAGUCCAGGAAACACAACCAAAGAGUACGCAGAGUUUGCUGAACUUUUCCUAAAAGAAUACGCCGUUCCUGCUCAGCAGGUGCUGUUGAAAGUCUUAUUCGUGUACAAGGAAAAGCAGUACGUGGCUCCACGAGUGCUCCAGCAGGCACUCAACUUCAUCAACCAGGGAAUUGCACACGCUCUGACAUGGAAAAACCUCAAGCAACACAUGCAGGGCAUCAUCCAGGACGUGGUUUUCCCCCUCAUGUGUUACACAGACUCCGACGAGGAGCUUUGGCAGGAGGACCCGUACGAGUACAUCCGCAUGAAGUUUGAUGUCUUUGAGGACUUCAUCUCUCCGACAACAGCUGCUCAAACGCUCCUCUUCACUGUCUGCAACAAGAGGAAAGAAGUGCUGCAGAAAACCAUGGGCUUCUGUUACCAGAUUCUCACCGAUCCCGCUUCUGACCCCAGGAAAAAGGACGGCGCCCUGCAUAUGAUAGGCUCUUUAGCUGAAAUCCUCCUAAAGAAAAAGAUUUACAAAGACCAGAUGGAGUUCAUGCUGCAGCAAAACGUCUUCCCCUUGUUCGGUAGUGAGCUGGGCUACAUGAGAGCCAGAGCCUGCUGGGCGUUGCAUUACUUUUGUGAGGUGAAGUUCAAAAGCGAUCAGAACCUGCAGACCGCCGUUGAGCUGACCCGAAUCUGCCUGAUUAACGACAACGAGAUGCCCGUGAAGGUGGAGGCCGCCAUCGCCCUGCAAGUUCUCAUCAGCAACCAGGAGAAAGCCAAAGAAUACAUCGCCCCCCACAUCCGGCCGGUGAUGCACUCCCUCCUGAACAUCGUCAGGGAGACGGAGAAUGACGAUCUCACUAAUGUUAUACAAAAGAUGAUCUGCGAGUACAGCGAGGAGGUCGCCCCGAUCGCGGUGGAGAUGACGCAGCACUUGGCGAUGACGUUCAACCAGGUGAUUCAGACGGGGCCCGAGGAGGAGGGAGGCGACGACAAGGCUGUGACGGCUAUGAGCAUCCUCAACACUAUCGACACGUUGCUAAGUGUGGUGGAGGACCACAAAGAGAUCAUCCAGCAGCUGGAGGGCAUCUGUCUGCAGGUGAUUGGGACGGUGCUGCAGCAACAUGUCUUGGAAUUUUAUGAGGAGAUCCUGUCCCUGGCGCACAGCUUGACCUGUCAGCAGGUGUCGCCACAAAUGUGGCAGCUCCUUCCACUCCUGUACGAAGUCUUCCAGCAAGAUGGGUUCGACUACUUCACAGAUAUGAUGCCUCUCCUUCACAACUACGUCACGGUGGACACAGACACGCUCCUGUCUGACACCAAAUACCUGGAGAUGAUGUACAACAUGUGCAAAAAGGUACUGACGGGUGAUCCAGGUGAGGACCCAGAGUGCCACGCAGCCAAGCUGUUGGAGGUGAUCAUCCUGCAGUGCAAAGGUCGUGGCAUUGAUCAGGUCGUGCCCAUGUUUGUGGGGACUGCGUUGGAGCGUUUGACUCGGGAGGUGAAGACGAGUGAGCUGAGGACCAUGUGUCUGCAGGUGGCCAUCGCUGCACUUUAUUAUAGCCCCCCUCUGCUGCUCAACACCCUGGAGAAUGUCCGCUUUCCCAACAACACCGAGCCAAUCACCAACAACUUCAUCACCCAGUGGCUUAAAGACGUCGACUGCUUCCUUGGCCUCCACGACAGGAAGAUGUGCAUUUUGGGACUCUGUGCCCUCAUCGACCUCGAGCACAGGCCUCAGGCUGUCAACCAGGUGGGCGGCCAGCUGCUUCCAGCAGCCAUCCUUCUGUUCAGCGGCCUCAAGAGGGCGUACGCCUGUCGAGCAGAGCACGAGAACGAUGAUGAAGACGACGAGGAAGACGGGGAAGAGGAGGAAGAUAAUGCCGAGCUGGGCAGUGACGAGGAUGACAUCGACGAAGAGGGUCAGGAGUACCUGGAGAUGCUUGCAAAGCACGCAGGAGAGGAUGGUGACGACGAGGACUGGGAGGAGGACGACGCGGAGGAGACGGCACUCGAGGGCUACACUACAUCUGUAGAUGACGAGGAUAAUUUUGUGGACGAGUAUCAGAUCUUUAAAGCCAUACUACAGAACAUUCAGACCCGUGACCCGGGGUGGUACCAGGCACUGACGCAAGGCCUCGACGAGGAGCAGCGGAAACAGCUUCUGGACAUCGGCACGCUCGCAGACCAGAGGCGGGCAGCACACGAAUCCAAGAUGAUCGAGAAACACGGCGGGUACAAGUUCACAGCUCCGGUGGUGCCAUCUACUUUCAACUUUGGCGGCACCGCUCCGGGAAUGAAUUGAGUCAUCUGUUCUACUUUUUUUUUUUUUUUUCCUUUUUUUUUUUUUAUUAUUACUCUGUGACUGAUUGUAGUGAAGUGAAAAACAAAAAAAAAGCUUGUGUUGUUCCCUUAAGUAGUGAUUCCAGAACUGGUUCUUCUGAGUCAUUCUUCAGUCUGUCAAAUGGGAAAUGGCUUCAGAAGAUGUGGGGGAGAGCAACCAAACUGCAAACCCAUGAUGGCUCAGGAAGAAAACACGAAACAAAAACAAAGAAAGAAGGUGGGAGAAGAAGCUCUGAACAACACUGUCACCUGGAGCCCUUUAUCUUUGUGUCGGGGGGGGGGGGCCUGUGUCGAUGACUAUUCUUCGUCUUCUUCCCAGUCUAAAUGGGUGGUUAACCGAUAAUGGAACAAAAUACUUCAUUAUCACUGAUGUGGCCGGUGGGCCGUGAUAAGAUUAUACCUCUGGUUAGUGAUGACAUCUGCUCUACGUAAACUCGUGUUUAUGAUUAUGAACAUACAAGCCAAGGCUUUCAAGUAUCCUUGGGGGGGAGGGGACACCAACCAGGGGCUUUUGUAAGGUAUCAACAGCUGUAUUCAUAUGUAGCAUAUUGGAUAAUUCAUAGCACUAUGUGAUGCCUGAUCUCUGUAAAUUAAUGACUAGCACUUUCAUAUUGUUCAGGUCUUCUAGCCUUCUGUAUCAGACUGCAAAUUUUUUUAAAUUGAAGACUAUUUAAAAAAGCGACGGGGGAACAGCUGUGUCUUUAUUUUGCAAGUGACUUCGGGAACAGCUGGUCCUCGUGCAUCCGGCUAGAGGGGAUCAGUUGCAAUUUGGAAAUCGGUUAAUGUGGAUGCUCUUGGUGUUCAAUAUGACUACAGGACAAGUGUUUGUGAGCACUGAGUGUAAUCGGAUACAUCGUUGAAGCAUGUACAAUUCAACUUAUCGUGAAGGUCUCAAGCUUUUGGUUGGUGUAUGGAUGGACCAUCUAUAUAUACAACAUAUUAAAAAAAAGAAGCUAAGGGA